AUGGAGCACCGCUCUCCCAACGCAAUCCCUCCUCGAACUUCCUCCUCUGGUCAUAAUGGUCUUCAAACCACUCCUUCUAAAUCAGUUCUGCGACCUGUUCCAGAGGGUGACUGGAUCUCCCAAAGAAAACGGACGGAUACGAAUACCACCCCCAUAAACCCUGCCAUACAUUCGAAUACGCCGCCGGACCCUUCGAAGUACAACAAGGGCGAUAUGGCAUUUUAUGGAAAAAGUAGUUGGUCAGAGCCAAAGGAACAAAUCUUGUUGGGGCCUUACGAAUAUCUUUUUGCACAGCCAGGCAAAGACAUCAGGUCACAGCUCAUUGCAGCUUUCAACGAAUGGCUAGACGUACCAAAGGAAAGUUUAGAGAUUAUUUCCAAGGUGGUGGCUAUGCUACACACGGCUUCGUUGUUGGUAGACGAUGUGGAAGAUUCUUCGUUACUCAGACGCGGAUUACCGGUUGCACAUAGCAUUUUCGGGACUGCUCAAACCAUCAACUCAGCUAAUUAUGUAUAUUUUGUUGCACUACAAGAGCUAGGGAAGCUCAAGAAUCCGUUGGCCAUCAACAUCUACACAGAAGAGUUGUUGAAUUUGCAUAGAGGGCAAGGCAUGGAUUUGUUCUGGCGAGAUACGCUCACGUGUCCGAGUGAGGACGACUAUCUUGAAAUGGUUGGAAACAAGACCGGAGGAUUGUUUAGACUUGCUAUCAAACUGAUGCAAGCUGAAAGCAAGAAUCCUACAGACUGUGUACCCCUGGUAAAUCUCAUGGGAAUCAUAUUCCAGAUCCGAGACGACUACCAAAACAUCUCUUCCCCAGAAUACUCCUCCAACAAAGGAAUGUGCGAGGAUCUCACCGAAGGAAAGUUUUCCUUCCCCAUCAUCCACAGCAUCCGGGCACGGCCGGAGAACAUGCAACUCCUCAAUAUCUUGAAACAGAAAACAGAGGAUGAACAGGUGAAGAGGUAUGCGGUUGCGUAUAUGGAAAGCACGGGGAGUUUGGAGUAUUGUAGAAAGGUGUUAGGGACGCUAAUGGAAAGAGCGAGGAGAUUGGUUGAGGGACUGGAUGAUGGGGAUGGGAAGGGAAAGGAGGUGCUUAGGAUUUUGGAUAAACUGGCUAUUUAA